AUUGUAAAGGUACUCCACAAAGAAGUGUAUCUGAGACAGGAAGCACUGGUUCUCCACAGGAAGCCAAAAGUCGUAGCAAGGAGCUUACCUUAAAAACAGUCAUGAAGAUAUUUCAUUCUUCUGCUCACCAUUACAGACUGAUAGGGUUUGGAUUGGGGGUAAGAGUGGCUGAUCUGAAGGCAACAGAUGAAGCAAUCGAUAAUCUUAUUAAAGUAUUUGAGAGGUGGUUUGAUGCCAAUAAAGAUGUCAGUUGGGAUACUUUAAAAGAACUUUGUGAAGAAGACUAUCCUGAUGAACUGGGCCAAGCAAAGGCUAAGCUAAAUAAAGCACUUGGUAUACAAGUAGGAGAGAAUACAAGUAAUAUUGAUGAUCUAAUAGAACCAGGUAUUACUCAUGCAUUAACUCUUUACUGGCUAAUACCGUAUACAAUGCCGAGCGACGUCUUGGAGUCUGGAAUACUUUGA